AUGUCUGUCUUAUUUCAUUCCUAUUCUACCUCUCAGGAACGUCUUCUUUUGACCAAUUUGGCAACCCUAGAAAAGGAGGCUGGAGCUCGUCAACAGGCUCAGGAGGCCUAUAAACGGCGUUCUAUUGAAAGUCAACAGGCUGCGGAUGACCUUCGUGUGACUGUACAGAAGUACCUUGGCCAAUUGAAGGAGGCACAAACGACAGUGCAAGAGAAGGUAUCUGCUUUUGAGCGAGUCUCCUUCCGGCAUCAACGUGUCCAGGAGGAAUUGGUUAGUCUUCGUCGAAAAUAUGAGCGCCUAAGAAAGAUUGAGCAGUCCCACAACGCAGAUCAGGUGCUUCUGGCAGAGAUUCAGGAUUAUAAGGAUCAAUUGACCUGCCCUACUUGUAAAACAAAUAGAAAGGAUGCCAUCCUUACGAAGUGUUUUCAUCUUUUUUGCCUGAACUGUCUGAAAACACGCUAUGAGACAAGAAACCGCAAAUGUCCAAAAUGUAAUGCCACCUUUGGAGCAAAUGAUUACCAUCGUAUCUAUCUCUGCUAG